AUGGUGCUGGUGAUCAGGUUGUGGUGUUGGUGGUGUUGGUGGUUAUGGUGGUGGCGACAGUUAACUGAUGCUGGUGUUCGUGUUGGUCAAGUGUUGGUGCUGGUGGUCAAGUGGUGGUGGUCAAGUGGUGGUGGUGGUGGUGGUGGUGAUGUUCGUGGUGGUGGUGGUGGUGGUUGUUUCGGUGCUGGUGGUGGUGGUGGUUUUACCUUAGUGGCGGAGAUUGUGCGGGGUCAACUGGUGGUGUUUGUGGUGGUGGCGGUCAAGUAG